GCGUUUCCAUGCAUUGGCGCGCUUCGCGGCUGUGGCUCUCCGCUCCUCCCCGGGUGGUGGUGGUGGUGGUGGACUGACUCUGUAGCAGGCUGCUGGUUUAGAACACAGCACAGCAUGAGUGCAGCGGGUAGUGCUCGGUCCGGCCCGGCCGCAGGCCCGGUCCAACAGGGACUCAAAGAGGCUCUUAUCGAGACGCUGACGGCCAUCCUGUCCCCGGUCCAAGAAGUGCGCGCCGCCGCGGAGGAGCAGAUCAAAGUGCUGGAAGUGACAGAGGAAUUUGGCGUCCACCUCGCAGAACUCACAGUCGACCCUCAGGGAGCCCUUGCCAUUCGUCAGCUGGCGUCAGUCAUCCUGAAGCAGUAUGUGGAGACUCACUGGUGUUCCCAGUCAGAGAAGUUCAGGCCUCCUGAAACCACAGAUCAGGCUAAAGCGGCCAUCAGGGGGCUCCUGCCUGGCGGUCUACGGGAGUCCAUCAGUAAAGUCCGCUCCAGUGUGGCGUAUGCCGUCUCAGCCAUCGCCCACUGGGACUGGCCCGAGGCCUGGCCACAGCUCUUCACCCUGCUGAUGGAGAUGCUGGUCAGCGGAGAUGUCAACGCUGUGCACGGGGCCAUGAGGGUCCUCACAGAGUUUACCCGGGAGGUGACAGACACACAGAUGCCAUUGGUGGCUCCAGUUAUUUUGCCUGAAAUGUAUAAGAUCUUCACCAUGGCGGAGGUUUACAGUAUUCGGACUCGCUCCAGAGCAGUGGAGAUUUUUACCACCUGUGCCAACCUCAUCUGUGCGAUUGAGGAGCUGGAAAAGGGUGCAGCCAAAGCGCUGAUCUUCCCUGUGGUGCAACAGUUCACAGAGGCAUUUGUGCAGGCUCUGCAGAUGCCUGAUGGACCCUCCUCUGACAGCGGUCUCAAGAUGGAGGUCCUCAAGGCUGUAACAGCGUUGGUGAAGAACUUCCCUAAACCCAUGGUGUCAUCCAUGCAGCAGAUCUUACCGAUCGUGUGGAACACCCUUACUGAAAGUGCAGCUUUUUAUGUGAGAACAGAAGUCAACUACACAGAGGAGGUGGACGACCCAGUGGAUUCUGAUGGUGAGGUUCUGGGCUUUGAGAACCUGGUGUUCAGUAUCUUCGAGUUCGUCCACACGCUCCUGGAGAACAACAAGUUCAAGAGCACAGUGAAGAAGGCUCUACCGGAGCUCAUCUACUACAUCAUCCUAUACAUGCAGAUCACUGAGGACCAGAUUAAAGUGUGGACGGCAAACCCUCAGCAGUUUGUGGAGGAUGAGGAUGACGACACCUUCUCCUACUCUGUUAGGAUUUCUGCUCAGGAUCUCCUGCUGGCUGUAGCUGCAGAGUUUCAGAAUGAGAGUGCAGCAGCUUUGGCGGCGGCAGCAACCAGACACCUUCAGGAAGCAGAGCAGGCCAAAAACAGCGGCAAUGAGCACUGGUGGAAGAUCCACGAGGCCUGUAUGUUGGCCCUGGGCUCAGUCAAAACUAUCAUCACAGAGAAUGUGAAGAAUGGUCGCAUCCAGUUCGACAUGCAUGGUUUCCUGGCCAGUGUGAUCCUGGCUGACCUCAACCUCGCAGCGGCAUCGCCGUUCCUCCUCGGCCGGGCUCUGUGGGCGGCCAGUCGCUUCACGGCCGCCAUGUCUCCUGAGCUCAUCCAGCAGUUCCUCCAGGCCACCGUCAGCGGCCUCCACGAUAGCCAGCCGCCCUCUGUCCGCAUCUCAGCAGUCAGAGCCAUUUGGGGGUAUUGUGAUCAGCUCAAGCUUUCAGAGAGCACCCAUGUCCUACAGCCCUUCCUUCCCAGUAUCCUAGAGGGCCUUGUCCAGCUGGCGGCCCAGUUCAGCUCUGAGGUUCUCACUCUUGUCAUGGAGACGCUGUGCAUUGUCUGCACCGUUGACCCAGCCUUCACCACCAGCGCUGAGAAUAAGAUCUGCCCCCUCACCAUCGCUAUUUUCCUUAAAUAUAACAAUGAUCCGGUGGUGGCCUCAUUGGCUCAGGACAUAUUCAAAGAGCUGGCACAGAUUGAGGGGUGUCAGGGCCCCAUGCAGAUGCGGCUCAUCCCGACGCUGGUCAGCAUCAUGCAGGCUCCCCCUGACAAGAUUCCGUCUGGACUCUGUGCUACGUCCAUAGACAUCCUGACCACCGUUGUGCGGAACACCAAACCCCCUCUGUCAGAGAUGCUGGUGUGCCAGGCGUUCCCUGUGGUGGCACAGUGUACCCUACGCACCGACGACAACACUACAAUGCAGAAUGGCGGCGAGUGUCUGCGGGCAUAUGUUUCUGUUGCUCUGGAGCAGAUCGCCCAGUGGAGAGAUGAGCAGGGAAACAGUGGCCUCUGGUACGUCAUGCAGGUGGUCAACCAGCUGCUGGACCCCCGCACCUCAGAGUUCACUGCCGCCUUUGUGGGCAGACUGGUGUCCACUCUGAUCUCAAGGGCAGGAACCGAGCUCGGGGAACAACUGGACCAGAUCCUUAGAGCGAUUCUCAGCAAGAUGCAGCAGGCUGAGACUCUGAGUGUCAUGCAGUCUCUGAUCAUGGUGUUUGCACACCUGGUCCACUCUCAGCUCGAGCCACUGCUGGAGUUUCUGUGCAGUCUGCCAGGUCCAACAGGAAAACCAGCUCUGGAGUUUGUCAUGACGGAGUGGAUGAGCCGGCAACACCUCUUCUAUGGACAGUAUGAGGGUAAAGUGAGCACUGUGGCUCUCUGUAAGCUCCUCCAGCACAGCCUCAACACAGAUGACAAACGUCUCCAGGACAUUGUGGUGAAGGGAGAGGAGAUCUACAGCCCUGAAGAGGGAAUCCGCACACGCUCCAAAACUGCUAAAAACCCAGAGCGAUGGACUAACAUUCCUUUGCUGGUGAAGAUCUUCAAACUGAUUAUUAAUGAGCUGUCAACGGUGGUGGAGGCGAAUGCCAGCAGAGCAAACGCAGCAGACUGGAGUCAAGAUUCGACUGGUAUGUGGGAGGAACAGGAGGAGGAGGAGGGGGAGGAUGAUGAGGAGGAUGAAGGUCUGGCAGGGCAGUUGCUUUCUGAUCUUAUCGCCUCCAAUAAAUACGAUGAUGAUUAUUAUGAGGAUGAUGAGGAGGACGACCCGGAUGCCUUGAAAGACCCGAUAUAUCAGAUUGAUCUGCAGGCUUACUUGACAGACUUCCUGACACAAUUCGCCCAGCAGCCAUGUUACAGCAUGUUCUCAGGCCACCUCAACAACGCUGAGAGACAAACCCUGCAGUCUAUAGGACUCUAGCCCCGCCUUCAGCUACUUCGCCACAUCUUCUUCCAUCCCCUACUCCCUAAAGCUCUCUUCUGUGUCCCAUCACUUCAGCUCAUCAUGAAUUUACAACAUAGCAGGAAUAUAACGAAGACAAAACUUGAGUAUGGGACGAAGGGCUCUGCAGGGGAAGGGAUUGGGGUGGGAAGAGAUAGACAUGCACUUACUCAGAACUCCCCUGUUUCCCCAUACUUGUGAUGGGAUGAAGCACUUGGCAGACAUUAAAGUGAGGAGGAUGAUGAAGAUGUGAGAGCAGCGACUGGUCUGUUCCCAAAGACGGCACUGUGUGUUUUGGGUCGGCAUCCUCUUUGACCUCAGACUGGACGAGUGGAUCGAAUACAGAGGCCAAGGCUUCAGUGGGACAGGUGAAUCAUGAAAUAUGAACAGACUCUUUGCCAUGUCCUAUUUGUAACUUAGCCCAUUAUUUUUGUGUUUCUGUAUACACGGAGUGAAAUGCAACACACAACACUUCCAAAGAGACCUUACAUUGAUUAAAGGAAAGAAACAAAACUUCCUGGUCUUUGGAGAGAACAUUGGCGGCCUUAUAUUCCAGAAAAUGUUGACUGUUUCGAACAGGAAUUGGAAAAGCUCUUAAGCUCUUCUAACAUGUCUGAGGGUAUGAUGGGUAUUUGGGAAUUCACUCUGUGGCCAUGGUGAUUCACAGCCUUGUCAUUUCCUUGUACCCAUUGAAUUAUGGGAUAAAGAAAUUUCUAAAUAAAACGUCCCAAAUGGACAUCAUUUCCAGAUUAA